UAUAUAUAUUAAAAACAGUCACCGUGUGCUUUUUGUUUAGUCUUCCUUCGACACAAGAGGGCAGAAGCGGAGAAACCUCGCAGUUUAUGGGAGGAGACGGGAGCAGCUGCGGAAUAGCCUGAGUAACGGGGCUGAGCGAAACGAGCCUGGUGACAGAUUGUGAGUCUGACAAAACAGUGAGAGCAGCAGAGCGGAAAGUGAAGGGAUCGGCCAAACCUGACAGCUGGGAGGUGAGCUACACAAUGCUCGAUUAGUUCCUAAAACCUACUUAACUUUGUUUACAAGCGGCAGGCUGGGGAAAGCUAAAUCGCUUCCAAAAAUUAAAAUAUACUCAAUGGAUGGCUCCCGAAGAUGAUACAGAGCAUGAUUCUACUACUAGUGCUGAGCUAAGGUAGUUGAGCCGUACAGCCUUUUCCAACACACAGGAAGGAACGAAAAAAAGGGCUGGAUAUAGAGACCGGGGCCACAAAGCACCCUCCCAGUCUGAAUCAACCAAAAAGGACAGCGGCAGGCUUCUUAUCCACAGCAGGCCAGCGAAAUAACCAAAAAAGGCAGCAGCACGAAACGGAGGAUAAGAAGAGUUUGUUUAAAAGUUGGAUGCGCGUUUUAAAAAGUUGCUUGAGUGAUUUGACUACGAGUGUUGCAUUGCAAACCAAACUUGACGUGUUUUUUUGUGGUCAGUCAUUAGCAGCUAUUUUAAUUGUUGAAUAUUGACUAUCUUAAACAAAAGCAAUAGUCUUUUGGCACCCAUGGCAGCCGAAGCACUUGAAAGUCAGGCAGUGGUAGGUGAUACUGGAUUGACUAAAAACAAUUCGGAGUCAGAUUCAGACACACCCAGGCUAGUCGUAUCUCAGAAAGUGGAACCCAGGCCACCAGCAGCAACACUGACUCCAGAUGAAGUCUCUGAAUCGCCACAGCACAGGAUGGCACCUUCAUCAGGGAGUGCUGAUGGUGCAGCUUUAGCGACUCCAACCAAAACAGGAGGUCCGCCACAGGAAGCUGCGGACGUUAGGACCUCUACCACGGGUAGAAGUUAUGAACAGCUCUCCUCAGAACAGAAUGGAAGCCUGCUCGAGAGGCAGGAGUCGGUGGCCACCACAGAGGCCAGGCUGAGGAUGGAGUUUGUGGAGCUGAAAGAAGAAUGGCAGGAUGAAGAUUUCCCAAGGCCACUUCCAGAAGAGGAGGACAUCCACAUGGAUGGGGAGCUUUUCACAGCCUCUGGGAGAGAAAGCCAUCCUGUUCCGCGGUCUUUUGAGGCAAACGGCGAUAAGAAAGCCAGGAAGAAGCUAGUGGCCCCCAAUAUCAGUCUGACGCUGAAUCGCAGCGAUGGGUCCGUGCUGUCAGAUGAGCUGGAGGAGAGUGGGGAGUUGGAUCUGGAUGAUAUGGACACACCCUCUGACAACAGCAAUGAGUUUGAAUGGGAAGAUGAUCUUCCCAAGCCCAAGACGACUGAGGUUCUCCGAAAGGGCAUGGACUCGAUCCAGGAGUACUCCACCACGGACGAGAGGGAGGAGGGGCGGCGCUGGCGAGUGUUCAGGAUCGGAGAUCAGGACCACAGAGUGGACAUGAAGACAAUCGAGCCCUACAAGAGGGUGAUCAGUCACGGAGGUUACUAUGGAGAUGGCUUGAAUGCCAUCAUCGUGUUUGCUGUAUGUUUCAUGCCAGAGGGCAAUCUGCCCAAUUACAGAUAUAUCAUGGACAAUCUUUUUAAGUAUGUAAUUGGUACUCUAGAGCUGCUGGUCGCUGAGAACUAUAUGAUAGUGUAUUUAAAUGGUGCUACAACACGCCGAAAGAUGCCAAGUUUAGGCUGGCUCCGGAAAUGCUAUCAGCAGAUUGACAGGAGGUUACGGAAAAACCUGAAAUCCUUAAUAAUUGUUCACCCUUCCUGGUUUAUCAGAACGCUUCUGGCUGUCACACGGCCGUUCAUAAGCUCAAAAUUUAGCCAAAAAAUCAAGUAUGUCUUCACCUUAACAGAGCUAGCUGAGCUAGUUCCUAUGGAGUAUGUUUCUAUACCAGAGUGCAUCAAACAGUAUGAAGAAGAAAAAUUUAGGAAAACGCGUAAAAGACAGGAAAGCUCAGUACAUCAUCUGUUUGAACGCUGAAGCCCCAGAGUGGAAAAUUAGCAUCUUUGUUGCUUGGUAAUAAAACUUGACAAGGAUAUGCUUGGGAAACAGGAGACGGCAGCAGCCCAGCAGUGAAUAGACCCAAUCCCAGUCCUUCAUGGAAAGAUGUGACCGACUGAAGAAUGCUGCUUUAAUGCAUUUACAGUGCAUUGGUCAGCCGUUGCCUUUAGAUAUUAUUGUUCUAGAAUAAGAGCCUUUUAAUAUUGUUAGGAGCCUGGGAUGUCAUAGCAAUGGUCACUGUUGUAUUUGUAUGCCAAACACUUACUGUUCAGGACGAUCGCCAAGCAUUUUGUAUAUUUUACCUAUCAUGCCAAACUUUAAGAAACUAUAUAUAUGGCACUAAUUUUGAAUGAUGCAUGUUCUUCAGUACAUUUAAAAAUAUAUAUUUAUAUUCCUAAGUGGAAAAGGAUAGAGAUUAAUAUAUUUUUAUGGUGGAUAUGAUUUUGAGCAAUAUUUUAUAGGUCUGUGAACCUGCAGCAUGUAUAUUAUAAAAACCAAAGGCAGAGACUUUCUGUGCUCUUUGACUGCUGAUGGUCUGCAUGAAAAGGCUCACAUGUGUUUAUUGUACAUGCAAUAAAAAAAAUAAGCCAUUUUGGAAAACUGGUAAAACUAAGAUGUAGUCCUAGGAAGAAUGUAGAUGUAACGAGGAAAGAAGAAUUGUUUUUCACUUUGGAAUGUAUUUGUGUAGUUUGUUACUGACUGUUGUCAGAUGUGUGUAAAAAGUAUCUUAUUGUACAUUUACUGAUUGCAAGUAAACUGCCUACUGCAAAAAAAACAUUACUGUACACGUCUGAUAUUAAAUUCACAGAAUCACAGUUUGAGUUAGAUGUAACUCUCUAUGCAAUAACUUUGCAAAAAGACAACCCUUUUCUACAGGAUCAUUUAUUCAUUCAUUUCAGUGUCUUACCCAGAAAGACCCAAAAAAAAACUUUGUACCAAAGACUGGACUAAUUAAAUGGUCUGUUGUUUCACAUCUUCUAGACCUAUAUAGAGGUCUGCAGUGUUGAAAAAGUGUAAUUAGCUAACUACAUGUUUUUAUAUUUUUAAACACCCAAUCAUAUAUAUGUAUUUGUGUGUGUAUGUAUGAAUUUGCGUAUCUAUACAUAUCUAUUCAUAUACAGUAUGCAUAUAGUGUACGUUUGUAAUAUAACAGGUAUUGAUUGA